AUGUACACACAGGUAAAUUUUCAUUACUCCUCAGUUAAAUACUAUUACUGAGGUGAUAGCAUACUUACUUGAUUAUCAAAUGAAGUUUACACGCAAACUAGUAUAAUUUGUAUCGUAAAGUGAUAUCAUACUCACAAAUCUAUACCUACUAAAUAUAACAUUCUUCCUAUUUGAUAUAUCGAUACAUUGCUUUUUUUAUUGUAAUAUGAUUUGGCUAUGGGUGUUAUUGAAACAAAAGUUAUUUGAGAUAAUCGCAAACAGAUCUACUUUUAAAUUAAAUUUAAUUAGCACAUAGACAUUAAUUUUAUUGUAGAGGCUAAUGACAUAAUUGGCUUAUAAGAAUUGUAUAUCUAAAGCUGUUUUUGAGUUGAAAUUUAGUAUUGAAAUUCUUAUAGAGGUCCAAAAUUUAAUGAAAAUAAUCCAUCAAAUUAUAACUGUUGCUCUGCAACCCAGUGAAAUAUCAUUUAAAGAAUAAAUGUAAAAAUUUAUUAUUAAUUUAGUGAAUCUUCAGCAAAUUAUGAACUGUUAAAGAAAAACAUGCCUCUUCUAAUAAAUAAUUCACUUGGUAGGUUUUACUUUAAGGUUUUUAUUACAGUUGUCAAAGGGAGGAAUUUAUCAAUGAACAAAGAUAAGGUUAAUAGCCGAAUUCAUAUUCUGUCUUUACAUCUUCAAUUUGAUUUGUUAAUUAUUGGAUUAUUUUUGGAUCGAUUAUAGCAUGAAAAUUUUAUAUUGCAAUAAAUUGAUUAAGUUUAGGUAGACAUUGUAUAUAUGCUAAGUUUUGAUUUAUUGCUCCUUUGUUUUAAAAUUUGA